CAAGAUAAUGGAUGAAGCCAACAAGGCCCUAAAAACAGAUGGAGCUUGCAACGAUCUCUAUGUAAACACGGCUAUUGUCCUUUUAGCAGCACAAAAAAAAACAAACAAUACAAACAAAGAAGGCAAAUGUAAAGAUAAAGUCCUAAGAAGAUUUCAAGGAUAAUGUUAUUCAUAUUCUUACAUUAUUUAACAUCCUGAAUCCUAAAAUGAUACUUACGUGUCUCGCAAAUAAAAGAAAAACAAUCAAACCUGACCUUACCUUACCUACUUACCUAUAACCUACCAACCUACAACCUACAACCUAACAACCUACAACCUAACAACCUAAAACAUACAAAUCUACAACCUAAACUAACCUAAAACCUGAAAUUUCUGUUGUUGCAUAUCAACAGUGUCACAAUUGUAGUUAGGACUUCAUGUUGACAAAUACCAGAAAGAAAAUAAUAGCCGACAAUGUCCUACAUUUUACCAGCUACAAGAAUUAGAAAUGAUAUUAUUUUUGAGAAGUGCUUUAGCUUGUGAUGUAAUAACAUCCAAAUAUAAAUAGGUAUGCGCCCCCAUAUGAGGGUGCAUAUUUGGCUUCACAUGGCUCAGGCAACCUCUCCAUAAUGGCCAUUCUUUGUAUGACACCCACACUGAAAGUGCAUCUUUGCUGUAGUUAUUGCUGACAUGCAUUCUCAUGUUUGCAGGACAAUCUCCUAUCAUUUAUGAAGAAACCAGGGUUAUUUUGAAAAUAUAUCACUCAGAAAAAGCAGCAAGCCUAUAAUUCUGGCCAGUUAUCAAUGGAUUAGAGAAAUGAGCUUAUCAAACAGCACGAAUCCACGAUGCUGGCGGUCUAGGCCAGUAGCCAGCUUCAGCUUCUGGCGAUGGAAGGGGCCUUCGGCUGAUGCAAGACAGCCCUGGCCCCUGCCAGCCUGCCCCGCCACUGGUGACGAGCGCUAGCGCGUCAGCGACCGCCCGAGCGACUCUGAUCAUCAAGCUGUGCAAGUAAUGCUCUACCUGCUGAUCUACCACCGAGGGCUCCGCGCCGGCCGCAUCCGAAGGAGGAUGCGCCAUGUACUGCGCAGCCGAGGAGACCUACUGGCCACUCGUGAGGCCUACAAUCUGCAUGACCAUCGAGUACGUCCGAGGCGCUCUUUCUCCCAAGCCACCUGGGUAUGGACGGACGGGCCGGCUGACGCAAGAGUCCGCAGCGGAGGGGCCGGGGCCUUGGCCAGCUCUGCACCAGCUAGAGCGCGGAGAUGGCUGCGCUCCGCUCAGCCAUCAGCGCGACCACCUGUGGCACCUGAGCGCCCCGGUCGUCUUUUGCACAGGCUCCCAGGCGGCGCUCGCGACACUGAGGGAGGGCCCAGCCACACAGAAAACCUCGAUGGGCGCCGCCGUGUGGACGGGGCUGGCAGUCUUGUUCCGCCAAUUCCACCUGCAAUUGAUGCCGUCCCAUUCCGGCAUAGAUGGUAACAAGGCGCCGACCAGGCCGCUAAGGAGCCUCGAGCGCGAGCCUCGAGCGCGGAGGCGGCCCCGCUCCCCCAGGCGACAGUCCCGGGGGAUGUUGGCACUGCCCACCGCGCGGCCAUCAGAUUGGCCCGCCACUGUGCCACCGCCGCCUGGCCGGACAGUUGGUGCCAGUUUCUGAUGGGGGGGGGGGGGCUGCCUGCCGCCGCUAGCGGUUGCGGAGUACCGAGCAUCGGCUGCCGAUCUCUACCGGCUUCGUACGGGCCAGUGGUUGGGCUUCCGCCAGUAUCUUCACUGUAUAGAACAGAACCCUACUGACGAACGCCGCCAGCGCUCCGACAUCGACUCCCCCCCCCCCUCCCCCAUCACCUAUUCUUUCGGUGCCCAGCCCUCAUAUGACGGAGCCUCCGUCGAUUCGGCACCGUCUUCCUGAGCCCCGAGGCGGUCCGUGAGCCGUGAGGACGAAGAGGUGGCGGCCCUGACGACCGCCGUGAGAAACCUCGAGAGCUGUACCAUUACGCCGCGGUAGCGGCUGGAGGAAGCAACGACAACAACACUGAAGGUCACAGCCGCCGCGUGGUCCCGUGCGGUGGCGUGCUGGCUGAUCGUAAAAUGCCCACGCCGCGCGGCGGUCCUGGCAGUGGUGGACCGGGCUGUGGUCCAGUCGUAGCCCGACUAAUGUUCAGAUUGGCGAGGUCUGCUAAAUGCCGCCGCGCGCCGUCCGUGCUCCGUGACCGGGACCUCGUCCGCCCACUCCCUCUCCGAGCUGACUGAUACGCCGAUGAUACUGCCACCCUCAGCGCCGGCGCGACGAUCCAGACAGCACUAGCUGCAGCUCAGCACUCGGCGGACCUCAUGGUGGGGUGGGCGGCGCGCAACAAGAUGACGAUCGCCAGCCAGAAAACGCAGAUAAUGGUGUUGUCCCAAUGGAGUCGGGACGCCAAAGAUGCCGUCAUCAAGGUAUCGGACGUUCCUGUCCGUGCGACCUCCACCAUCAAGCUGCUUGGGGUCACGUUUGUUUGACAGGCUGCUCCAUUUUGGAGAGCACUGCACCAACCUCAAGAGGAAGGCUCGCCCUCGCACCACCCAGCUGCGCAAGCUCACAGGACACUCCUGGGGACUUCAGGAGCACCACCUACGCGCGGUGGCCAACGGCUACGUCCGCGGCGCCAUCGAAUAUGCGGCGGCCGCGUGGCUCCCCGCAGCAUCCCGCUCCCACCUGGAGCUGGUGGACCGGGAGCUGCGCGCAGCGGCCCGCGCCGUGACGGGGUGCCCCAGGUCAGCGCCGACCCACGCUCUCAUGGCGGAGGCCGGCCUGCCCACCGCGGAAAUGCGACGCGCCACCCUCGCGACGAGGUUGCUGGCGCGCGCAUCCGCACUACCCGCCGGAGAUCCGCUCCGGGAGCUCGCCGAAGCCUCACGUCCCUGCCGACUCCGCAACAUCACAGGAUGGCGCGACGAGGGCAGACGGACGCUGGACGCCCUGGGCGUCACCGCCUCCCAGGUGGAACCCAUGGUCGUUGCACAGCUCCCACCGUGGACCUCAAGUGAGGGGAUCACGAUUUCCUGUGCCGUUCCGCCCGACUGCGUCCGUCGCCGCGCGGCAGUGGAGGCCAUGCUGGCCGACCUCCCCGGAGCAGAGCGGGCGACGUGGGUGUGGUCUGACGGCUUGGCGGAGGGAGGCACCGUGCGAGGAGGGGGCGGCGCCCUGAUCGUCCUCCCCGCCGGAGCCGAGUGGACGGUCAAGACCCCCGCCGGCGCCCUAUGCUCCAGCACCAGAGCUGAGCUGGUGGCCCUCCGUGCUGCCCUGGAGGAGAUUGCCGAAUCAGACCUCACACCGGACCAGGACACUCACCCGGACACCAUCAUCGUCUGCCUCGACUCCAGGGCGGCACAACAGACAGUGGAUGCGGGACCGGCGGCGCAGACGAGCCAGCUAGGCGACGCUAUCUGGCGGCUCCUAAUGCAGCUGGCCAACCGCGGUCGCCGUCUCCACCUCCAGUGGGUCCCGGCCCACUGUGGUCUGCCGGGCAACGAGCGGGCCGACAUGCUGGCGAUGGAGGCCGCCGAACUCGAGCAGACCAACGCCCCCCCCCCCCCCCCUGGAUGUCAAGAGCAUCACCCGCGCCGCCGCCAGGUCUGCGCGCCGAUCAUGGCAGGAGAGCCUGCCCGGCGGCUGGUACCGCUCUAUCUUCCCGGAUCGGACCCUGCCUGCACCGUUGCGACUCGACAGCAGAGAGGCAGCGGUGGAUAUUCACCAGCUACGGGCCGGCCACUGGAGCGUAUCAACACAGUACCUCCACCGCAUCGGCCGCCGGCCGACCCCCGACUGCCCCGGCUGCAUGGACACCGCCUGCCCUGCCGCUCGGUGUCUAGUGUGCGGGGAGGAGGCGGACACCCCGCAGCACGUCUUGCUGCGCUGCCCGUGCCUGUGCGGGGCCCACCUGUGGCUGGCGCGAUGUCUGCCCCGAUAUGCUGAUUACUCGACGUGCCCCGCUCCUCGAUGGAGCAUGUAUGGACUGCCUCAUUGCCGACUACUGGCAAUCCUUGAGUCCUAAUUGUCCCCUAGACAGAGGGCUGCCGUUGGGGACCGGGGUCGCGUUAUGCUCCUGCUGCUAAAUUAACAGGCCACAGGGUUACUCUUAAAAUGGAGUGGUUGCUGGAUAGCGUAGGACAUAUCGGGCUUAAAUAAUAUUUAUGAGAUCUGCGCUAGGAGCAACAUUUUUACUCGUGCCAACAAUCAUUCAAUGCGUCAGGUACAAUUAUGUUGUUGACUGAAUUGAAUGUGUGUAAGGAUAUGUAUGAGUUGUACUCGUAAUUUUAUUGUGUCCUGUAUUUGUUCAUGAGUUGUGUGAGGGUCAGUGAACUCUCUCCUGCGUGGCCUUAGUGAUCCGAACCGGGUUUUUGACGUUCAAUAAACGACCGAUGAUCUA